CGGACGGGCGAGGGGAGGCUCGGCCGGGGCCUGUGCAAGCUGUGGCUGGUGGUGGACUACCUGGUGUGCACCGCCUCUGUCUUCAACAUCGUCCUCAUCAGCUUCGACCGCUUCGUCUCCGUCACCAGGGCGGUGAAUUACAGGGCACAGAAAGGGAUGACAAGAAGUACAAUAUUGAAGAUGGUCGCUGUAUGGAUUGCUGCUUUUCUUCUCUAUGGUCCAGCCAUCCUCAGCUGGGAGCACAUUGCCCAAAAAAGCAUCCUCCCCGAAGGAGAAUGUCAUGCAGAGUUUUUCUAUAACUGGUAUUUCUUAAUGAUUGCAUCUACUAUUGAAUUCUUUGCACCUUUCAUUACUGUUACAUACUUCAACGUAAGUAUCUACCUCAAUAUCAGGAAGCGCACGUCUUUCAGAAGUGAAAACCUACCCCCCCGUCAAGAGGACUGCAAAAUGAAUUUCCAGGGGAAAAAAAGAGAACAUAGUAUAUUUUUUGUAAAACCUGCUAACACACACAAACAUGAAAAAAGAGCAAACAGCCUUUCUUGCCCUAAACCACAGGCUUUGAAGUUUAGCCUGCAUAAGCUUGAUAAUCACUCAUUAAAUACAAAUGUCAAUCAAGACUUUCCAGCACUUCAGGUGGAUGUCAAGCCCAAACCACACAGAAACAGUUUAUACAAAACCACAGAAAACAUAUGCAACACCACAAGCACAAGGGACAUUGCUAACACUAUGACAAGUAAAUUUAGACUGUCCCGGGAUAAAAGAGUGGCAAAGUCAUUAGCGAUUAUUGUCUGUGCGUUUGGUGUGUGCUGGGCUCCAUAUACACUCCUGAUGAUCAUCAGAGCAGCUUGCCAUGGGCAGUGUGUGCACUAUUCACUUUACGAGACUUCGUUUUGGCUUCUGUGGGUGAAUUCUGCCAUUAAUCCUGUUCUGUAUCCCCUGUGCCACAUGAGCUUCAGAAAAGCUUUUAUAAAGCUCCUGUGUCCAGGAAAAGCCAAAAUUCAUCCUCAUGUUUUUAUGUAA